GGGCGGGCCGGGGGCGGGCCGAGGGCGGGCCGAGCCGUGCCGAGCUGAGCCGAGCCGGGCCGUGCCGUGCCGGUGGUGCCGGGCUGUGCGGCGAGGUGCACAUGGGGACGCUCCGCAUCGUGCUGCAGGGCCCCGGGCCCUGGGGUUUCCGCCUGGUGGGCGGCCGGGACUUCGAGCAGCCCCUCACCAUCUCUCGGGUGACUCCAGGUAGCAAAGCUGCAACAGCCAACUUGUGUAUAGGCGACCAGAUCAUAGCCAUUGAUGGCGUGAACACAGAUAACAUGACGCACCUCGAGGCGCAGAACAAAAUCAAGGGCUGCGGAGACGAGCUAACCCUGACGGUCAGCAGGACAGAAUCAAAAGUCUGGUCACCACUUGUAAAUGAAGAGGGGAAGACGCAUCCUUAUAAGAUGAAUCUGGCCUCCCAGCCCCAGCAGAGACCGACGCAGUUUCCGCGUGCGUUCAGCAUGACAUACCAGCCCUCUGGUCUGAACAGCCGCCCAUCGCCGACGAGCGCGCAGCAGGCUCCCUUCGCCACCGUCUAUAACCCCCUGCAGUCGCCCGGCAUGGAGCAGCAGCGUAGGCACAGCCCCUCCAGCCAGGUCCGCGUGGGGCCGGAGCAGUUGAAGCACGCGGCCCAGGUCUGCCCCAAAAGCCCCGUGGAGGUGGAGGUGCCAGGACUGAAGGUGCUGCACGUGCAGUUCAAUUCUCCCCUGCAGCUCUAUUCGCAGAGCAACAUCCUGGAUUCCCUGCAGGGGCAGAUCUCCUCCGUCAGCCCCGAUUUCCCCAGUUUAGAUCAGCACAACCAGCCCCCGGGCAGUAUCGUCAUAGACAGAGAAUCUGAGGUUUACAAGAUGCUCCAGGAGAACCAAGAGUCGCAUGAGCCACCCAGGCAAUCGGCUUCCUUCCUGGUGCUGCAAGAGAUUUUGGAGUCAGAAGAGAAAGGAGACCCCACCAAACCAUCUGGAUUUAGGAGCGUCAAGGCCCCCACCACAAAGGUGGCCUCAUCGAUUGGGAAUGCCCAGAAGCUGCCCAUGUGCGACAAGUGUGGAUCUGGCAUUGUAGGCGUGUUUGUGAAGAUCCGGGACAAGCAGCGUCACCCCGAGUGCUAUGUGUGCAGCGACUGCGGCACCAACCUCAAGCAGAAAGGACACUUCUUCGUGGAAGACCAAAUCUACUGCGAGAAGCACGCACGGGAGCGGGUGGUUCCCCCAGAGGGCUACGAGGUGGUCACCGUCUUCCCCAAGUAACUGCGCUGCUGCGGGGCCGGCGUGGAUGGUUUCUCCUCUGCUGCUCUUCCUUGGAAAGUGUCGCCCUUGCCCUCUUGCCGAAUCUUGUUUGCAAUAAGGAAUGCUAGGCACGGCUUUGAGUUUCCUUGCCACAUUAAUCCUCCCAUCUGUUCACGCGAGGUGUCACUAAUCAUUCAACAUUCUUUUCAUCUUCUCUUUCACAUUUUUUUUAAUACACAGAUUUUUAUGUUUUUUCCUCCUCCUUUGUGCUGCCAAUUGCACAGGAAAAUUGGAAGCCAAUGUCAGAUCACAGCCCCACCAUGUCCCAGUUAUUUGCCUUCUGUUUGCAUUCAAUAAACGGGGUGACUCCACCA